CCUAACCUGACCUACCCACUCCAUCCCAUUCCACUUACCCUUGGACUCUGAAACACCCCAUAUCGCACCAUACAGCCCAACUAUUGCCAACAUGAACAUUGGUCGCAAAGGCUCGCUCCGCCACAAGGGCAAUGACUCGGGCUCGGGCAUCAAGCACCGUUUCGCCAUGUCGUCCCUGCGUAAUGUGGCAGGCGGGGGACCCGAGCUCUCCAAGAAGCUUCGUCUGUUGAUCAAGACGCAAAACCACGCCAUCGGCGCCUUUGAGCAGGCCGGAAAGGAGUCGCAGAGCAUCGCAUCCCAGCUGAGCGAGUGGGGCGAGAGCACUGAGGACGAGGCCGUGAGCGACAUCAGCGACAAGCUUGGUGUCUUGCUGGCCGAGAUUGCCGAACAGGAAGAUCUGUAUGCCCAGAACUUGGAGGACAGCAGAGGCGUCCUGAAGCAGAUUAGGAACACUGAGGCCAGCGUGGCCCCCACCAGGACUCACAAGCAGAAGAUCCAAGACGAAAUCCAAAAGCUCAAGUACAAGGAGCCCGAGUCGACCAAGCUCGUGACUCUGGAGCAGGAACUGGUCCGCGCCGAGGCCCAGAGCCUCGUGGCAGAUGCUCAGCUCACCAAUGUGACCCGCCAGAAGUUCAAGGAGGCCUAUGAUGUUCACACUGCUGCCAUUAUUGAACGUGCCGAGAAGCAGAUCUUGCUCGCACAGCAGGCUCGUCGCCUGGUCAGCCUCUUAGACGACACGCCGACGGUGCCAGGCGAGGACCGACCCGCUUACCUCCACGCCGAGACUGGCCGGGAGAUCCUCAAUGAUGCUGAAGCUUCACUGAGAGGGUGGCAGUCGUCCGUUGAGCCCAUUCCAUCAUCCGCCGGCAGCCUGGGCACAAACGCCAUGGCUACCCACACCAUUCCUGACCGCACGGAGCAUCACGCUAGCGAUGCACAGCGUGUCGAGGCCAUGGAAAGAGCCCAGGAGGAGGAGCUGCAGCAGGAGCAGCAUCAGCAGCAUCAGCAGGAGAGCCUCGCAUCUGCCACAUCUUCUUCUGAACAACCACCAUACCCACCGGCGAUACCUACUGCUCAGACGACGACCGCAACCACGACGGAACCCGCUGUCUUGACGUCUUAGAAGGACCUCGAGGAAGAAAAGCAACGUCGGGAGAAUCGAGAGAAUACGUGGAAAGCCAUCGAGGAGCAAGAGAGGUUACGACAGGCCAGGCGCUCAGCUUCGUAGCACACCUGGCGGGACGCUAAUCAGAUGUAAUGAGUCUUUUGGAGUGUGGUCUGACGUCGAGUGCAUUGUAAUUGCUUUGCGUGAUACCUAUGGGAGUUGGCAUGUCUGAUGCUUUGCUACGUUCAGAUUGUGCAGUACACCAAUCUACUAUGACGACAGAUACUCACCUCACUUUCUCCAAUAAUCUCAUCCUUGAUUCGAAUCGCUGUCAAGAUGAUGCAUAUGCGGUGGUACUCGUGGUCCUGUAUGUGCGAUAGCCAUUGGCGGCUAGAUGACUCCUACCACCUUCGACCUGCAGAGUCUCGUACCACGUUCACACAUUCUCCAUAUUUGGUUUCCGCUCCAUCUCCUCGGGUGAUAGCCGGAGACGCAUGAGAGACUCUCGCGACGUCGGGAGAUCUGAUGCGGUCCUGUAGGAUGUGAGUACCCAGGGAGACAGUGGAUCCGGUCAACGGGACAAUGAUAGAGAGUGUUUCCGGUUCCUCGUGGUCACAAAAUGCUGCUGAGAGAGGGCAAGGCUUCGCUUGUGCCUUCAGUAUCGAGGAUCGCAUAUUCCUUACAUGCUUCCACACAUGUCAAUCAAUACCCACUCAGACAAGGCGCAGUUGUGUCUUUGUCGACCACCACGAAAUCCUCGCUAUUGUCGUGUUGCCGCGCCUGGAGCAUCAUCGACGCAGCGCUCGCAAUUCGGCGCACACCUUCCGUCAAUUUCUCUUCAUCUUCCCAGGCAAAACAGAGUCGGAUACUAUGAUCACAAGGGACUGCCGACUCAUCGCCGGGUACCUCAAAGAUCUUGCCCGGCGCAACGAUCAGGUUGUAGUCCUGCUGAAGUCUGAUUGCCAGUUCUGUUCCCUUUAGUCCGCCUGGUAGUCCGAGCCAAACAAAAUAUCCGCCUACCACCUCACGAUUCGGCUGCGGUGCGGUGAAGCCCAGAGGUUGGAGAUGCUGCUUUACGGCCAUCGUGAGAAUCCUGUAUCGUUGGGCAUAUGCUGGGCAUAGAACGGUGCUGAUAUGCUUCUGGAUGGCGCCCGUCUGUAGCAUGCGUGCCAGAUACGUGGAAGUCAUGUGUGACGGACUGCCACCGGAUCGUUGGCAUCCAGCCUGACUGAGUCCAUAGACAAACUUCGGAGACCCUUCUGCCCAUCCAGAUCGUAGACCUGGACCUGCGAGUUUAGACCAUGUGCCGUUGCUCAUCACAUUACCGAAACCAUCUGCACCAUCACGCAUGGCACCUCCAUCGAGCUCUGCAUCUACAUCGACUACACGAGCGAGGUGCGCGGUUUGUAGCGAGGAGUCCGGCUGCUCGCGUCCUGACGCAAUACAUGAUGAGCCCUCGAUCGGCCAUUGCAAGAAAUCGUAGACAUCGUCACAGCUGAUCAAGGCAUCGAACUCCCUCGCGAGCUGAACCAGCUGGCAGCGCCGCCUCAGAGACAUGGUUCUCGAAGAUGGAUUGGAAAACGAU